ACGAAUUCAAUCCUCAUUCAAUCCCAUAAGUACCAUCAGCUUGUGUACUGUGUACUGAUAAGAGUGAUAAGUUGUUAAAUUUCUUGACAAAUUGUCAAUAUUCGAUCGAAAACGCUAAUAAUGCUGGUUGUAGAUCUUUUAACAGAUAUUUUGCUCUAUUUAGAUGUAAAAAGUCGACCAGUAGCAGUUCUCCGUGCUAAUCAUGUGAUUUUCUGUGAGGCAGAAGACUUCAACAAGAGGCACAUUUUUGCACUUUGUCUACAAACUCCGGCGAUGAAAUCUUCCCCACAUGAGGUAAAAUUGAAGUUGGGGUCCAGAGGAACUUCAGUAGAACAAUGGAUUUGUAUUUGUUCCUGCAAUGCAGGACAAUCUGGGUAUUGUGAACAUGUUGUAGCUGAUCUUCUAUAUGUCAAUUGGUGA